UGUAUUGCUAGGGCAAUAAGAAAAAGUGCACCCAGGGCAACCCUGAAUCAGGCCAUGCACAUUUCAAGUUUCUUUCUGAAGAAUACAGUUCUUUCUGAAUAAUUAUUCAAGGUAGCUGGCUAACUCCUUGACCCUGCUUUGUGGUAUACCCCUCUUGUGUCUUUGUCUGCUGGAAUUCCCUUAUGAACCCUGACAUGUCUGGUCCUACCUGGCCGCCUCCAAAGACUCUGGGUAGCCCAGUGAGACCGGUCCCUCGAAUGUCCCAAUCUGGACCAGCCGUGUACAGACCGCUGCCCAUGAAGGUCUCCUCGGACACCCGGCCCAAGUAUGUGGUCCAUGACCAGAACAGAGGAGGAGGCGGAAUGGCCUCUAGGUACUUGGCUACAAGAUCCACAGCUGGGCCCAUGCAGCACCACCACCAAGAGGACCCAGGGUUUCACUCUAAAUCUAUUGACCACUACUACCAACCACCCCCCCACCAGCUCAAAGAAGACCAAUCAUUGAACCUUCACAUGGAACGCUACCAGCUGAUGCACCUUGCACCUCCUGAGAAGCUGAUUGGACACCACUCCAACAUUGAGGGAGAGAUUGACUCGCUCACCUGCAUGCUGGCUGAUCUGGACAGCUAUUCACUAAACCACACACAGCUGUACGACAACGUGCCUUACAACAAACCCUCAGCCCAGCCAGGAGCCACAUCUCAGGGAUGGCCGUCUAUGGGUUUCCCACCUCAGUCCACGGACCAUCCUGCUCCCCCAAACCCCAGUGAUCCCCACCAGGGUCUCCAGUACUUCCCCCAGCCAGACUACACUGACGCCCAGGUCUCCAAACCCUACCCCCAGCAUGUCCCUGGCUCCUACAUUACCGCCUCCACCCCUACUGGCCCGAGGUUCAGUGUCCAGGUCAAAACAGCUCAGCCUGUCACCAACUCCCAGACUGGUAGGCAAGCCAAGCAGGGUUACACCCCUCCCCCACACCGCCAGCACAUGUUGCGGAACUCGCCCCAGAAUCUCUCAUCACAAGCCCAGCAACUGCACUCUGAGGGGAGCUACAAGUGGAGUACCGCCGGGUCUGCAGUGAGAGCAUCGCAGAGUCCCACUCCCAAAAGAGGUCCAGAGACUCAUCAAUCAGGGUCAGGCUCGGCACCAAGCUCCGCCUAUCAGCCCAGUAAGCAGGGGAGAGCAGCUCUGAGACAAGAGGAGUUGGAUGGGCUCACAAAGAAGUUGGUGUAUGACAUGAAUCAUCCCCCUACAGAGGAAUACCUUGGUAGCUGUGCACGUUGGGGUGACGAAAUCCUUGGCGGCGGUAUCGCCGUGGAGCGUUUCACUUGCGUCAUCUGCCAAGCCCCUUUCCGGGGGCAACCGUUCUACGACCUGGACAAGCAGAGCUACUGCAAGAGCUGUUACAUUAGUAUCCUAGAGCGCUGCUUUAUGUGCUCCAAGCCCAUCCUGGACCGUAUCCUGUGGUCCAUGGGCAAUGCCUACCACCCGCGCUGCUUCAACUGUGUUGUGUGUGGCUGCUGCCUGGACGGCGUGCCCUUCACCGUGGACGCUACCUCCCAGAUCCACUGCCUUGACGACUUCCACAGGAAGUUUGCCCCUCGCUGCUCAGUGUGUGGCCAGGUCAUCAUCGCCGAGCCGGGCCAGGAAGAGACGGUCAUUAUAGUGGCGCUGGGCCGCAACUUCCACGUCAAGUGCUAUGUGUGUGAGGAGUGUGGUCUGCUCCUGUCCUCUGAGGGUGAGGAGCGAGGCUGUUACCCCCUGGACGGUCACAUCCUGUGUAAGGGCUGCAGCACCCAGCACAUCCAGAACCCCUCCACCAACAUAUCCACUGACCGCUAACCAACUAUGGAAAAUCACUUCUUACCUUUAAUCGAUGACCCGUCAACCCUUCCAUUACUUUCACCUGCUCUGGGGUAAAAGUUGCCUUAAGGAACAGAUCUGGGAUCAGUUCUACCCCCUCUGAUACAUAACCUUAACCACAAGGAGGAAAUGUUAACCUGACUUGAAAUCAGUCUCGAAGGGCAACUUCAUCCUCAUAGUUGUUCGUUAUUCUUCAGAUGCCCAAAGCUUAGGAAUUAGUAAUAGGCCUACUAUUGAACCUCAACCUGACAGUCUUCAAUGUCAAGUAAAAUUAAAUGAUGACUUCAUAAGGUUUAUAGGUACAGGGUUUUGAAACGUGGAUGGAUGUAAGUUCAACCCAUUUUCCUUAUCUUCUGCUUUACACUAUCCUCUACCCCUACUCCCUUUCCACUCCACCUCCUUCCCCUCAGUCCCAUACCAGUACUGUAUAGAGCCCCUGACCUGCAGGCAGCAGGGGCUGCUCCACUGCUUCUCACCCACACGAUCCUGCGUGUUGCACACUCUCACACACACGAUCCUGCGUGUUGCACACUCUCACACACACACACGAUCCUGCGUGUUGCACACUCUCACACACACACACGAUCCUGCGUGUUGCACACUCUCACACACACACACACACUAUCCUGCCCAACAAAGGUGGGACAUGGAAGGAGAUCUAUGGAAAAUUACUGAUAGAUAUUGUGGAUGUGGAGGAUGAUAAGUAGGAAAAUUAGGUGAUAUUGAGGAAUACAAAGUCUUCCUGGCUGUGAGGUAACUGACCAGUCCAGAUAAUGGAACACAUAUGGAGACCAAGUGGGUGUAGUCAGUGUGGUGCAGUGAGAGUUUUUAGAAAGUAGACUGAAGGAAAGAUUGGGAAAAGAACGGGUUGAGUCAUGUCAAUGCUUUCCUCUCAUUGGAUGUUAACACAGUAUGUAGGUUGUCUUAUAAUAUCUUGCACCACAUGUCAGAACAUCAAUAUUUUAUUCCACAGGACAGUGAUUUGUAUAAUGAUAAUUGGUAUUGCAUUUUAGGGAAUGUUAUGCUAGUCCAAACCCCUUCUUUUAAAAUGUGAAUGUGCUUUUUAGAUAUUUUUCCUUGUGUAACAUUUGGGUUUAUUUGAUACUUUACAAUGAAGAUGAUGCUUGCCAUUGUCUUACUGAGAAACCGGCUUCUCCAUACUGGCCACGUGGGCUGAGAAUGUCCUCUUGUGUUCAUUACGCGUUUUUGUUUAAGCUUAGCCUUGAGUUUGAUUCAUGCUGUUAGUUUACAUUGUCCAGAAUAAUGUUUUGUUUCAGUAUUUGAUUAUUCUCAGAGUAUAGGUCAAUGAGCACAAUGAUAUGAAGGUCCCUGUGAGUUGAAUUUUCCACAUUAUUUAUUUCAACUCCUGUUAGACUUGGUGACAAUAGCAGUACAUGUUUAUCUGUGAUAUUGAGGCUCAGGUUCAUCACUGUGUAAUUGUUUUGUGUUCCACAGCAUCCUAUUAAAAAGUACUGCAGCAUAA